AUGGGCUCAUCGAAAACACCACCGAGUGUAGGACAUGAUGAUUAUGAGCCUGAGGUGUCAGCGAGCGCUUCCAGCGCUACUUCGCGCCCCGUUCGCCGCCGGAAUCGAAUGAUAACAUCAUGUCUGGAAUGUCGUCGACGAAAGCUCAAAUGUGAUCGUCUGCAUCCAUGCACCAAUUGUUCUAAAGGAAAACGCGAUUGCCUGUUCUUGGCACCGUCGCUUGAUUCUACAGCACGGCUCAAGCUGACGGAACUCAAGGAACGUAUGGGUACAUUGGAACGUUCGUUGGAAGAAGAAGUAGCAGUGCAAGCAACUCGUGGAACUCCUGCAACGAACUCUGAGCCUUUAUUGGGCUGGAAUGACCUCGACAAAGAAGAGUCGACUGACUUUAAAAUUGAUGCACAAAAGGAAUUGGAGCCAACACGCUUGGCUGUGAUGGAUGCUGUAUACGAUGAUGAAGCUGACGAUGUUAUGGUUGAUCUUGGUAUUCAACUCGGUAGAAUGCGAGUCACUGAUCGUAUAGGCGGCUAUGUCCGCCCUCGCAUCGCCGAUGAACUUUCAGCAACCCUGAAAUGGUCCUUAAAAGCCUUUCCUGCUAGUGAUACCGAUAGUGAUGAUAGUGAGUUGUCAAAAUGGCUUGAACUCGCCGCUAGUGGAGCGCCAAUUCCUUUCCUUCAACCUGGCCCAACAUUCAUUGCUCCUCAUUCAGAUAUGCUGCUUGGGCCAAUUCUACAUGAUCAUGCUUUGCUUGACUUGUUGCCAACGAGGGCAGCGGCUGAUAAGCUUUUGCAAAAAUAUUGGGAAUCUUGCCACCCAGUCGCAAGGAUUCUUCACAGGCAAGCCUUUGAAAAACGGUAUGAGGUUCUAUGGGAAAAUGUCAGUCAGGGGAUAGAGCCGGUACCUUCCAUUCAAGCUAUUGUUUUUGCGACUUUAUUCACAGCAGCUGUCAGCAUGACAGCUUCUGAGACCCUGGGUAUUUUUGGAGUAGACCGCCAGAGCCUCAUACAAAGUUUUCAGCUGGGUACUGAAACCGCUCUUGGAAAAGCACACUUUCUGCGCACUACUAAAACUGAAACGUUACAAGCAUUCGUUAUGUAUCUGAUUCCAAUGUGCCGAGAUACCAUCUCUAGAGCACACUCUGCUUUAGUUGGGGCUGCUAUACGGCUUGCUGAAUGCAUGGGCAUGCAUAGAGACCCUUCCGAAUACAAUUAUGGACCAGUGGAGACCCAUGUUCGACGUCUUAUUUGGUAUCAAUUAUGUUUUCUUGAUAUCCGGACUGCUGAGACACAGGGACCUCGCGUCUCCAUUCGUCGUGAAGACUACUCGACCAAAUUUCCCCUUAAUAUCAAUGAUGCCGAUCUUAUGGCAGGCUCUCUCGAAGACUCUCCUGGAUGGACUGACAUGACAUUUGCACGUAUACGAUUUGAAUGUCAGGAGAUGGCGCGAGUUGUUUUUACCGAUCGCGUCUUACUUGAGAAAAAAGCCUUGAGUAUUACUAGUGCUAUUGGAAAGAUUGAAACGUUUCGAAAAGCGGUCUUUGAGAGAUGGGGACCCGUUGUCAACAUAAGCAACCCAACACCAACUCAACGCGCUGCAUCUGUGACUAUGUCGUUUCUACUUAAUCGCCUACCUAUUUCUUUACUCCAUCGGUGGUACAACAGCUACCAGAAGAUGCCGGAUCGCUUAACCCAGAUAAUCGUCACUACUGGCGCUCAGCAAUUAGAGGAUGCUGUCACUCUAGAGACGUCACCUGAGCUGAAACCGUGGGUGUGGUAUAGCAGAGCAUAUCAUAAUUUUCACACCGCUUUCCUUCUGUUGUCUGAUAUAAGCAACCAUCCUUUGCGUCGUGAAGCGGACAGGAUUUGGCGCUGCCUGGAAUACGUAUACGAGCUCGAUCAGAGUACAUUGUCGCAAACACCAACCCGACAAGAGAUUAUUGAGGAUCGAAGAAGAAAGACCAAUGGGAUUUUGCGUCAAUUCCGUGAUCGCAUGCACGUGUACCAAACAAUGAGAAGGUUGAAACACUCUGCAGACCUAGAUGAGGUGGAAAUCAGUGGAUUUGUAUCUGAGCCGAGAUCGAAAUCGCCUAAACCUGCUUCCAAGUCGGAUGAACCGCAGUUUUCUAUGGGUCCUAUCAACCUGAUUCCCGGCAUUCAUAAGGAACAAGUGCUUUUAAACCGUGCUCGUCAAAUACCUAGCAGCCAGUACUCAGCAUACGGAACCGUUCCAACCACCAGCCCUAUACCUCAUGCACACCAGCCAUCACCAGGUAGCAGAAAUUACGAAACAAUGCCGCCGCAGAAUCGAGGUCUGAGCGCGGAAUCCGAAACAGCGCGCAUCAAUGAAGCAAUCGUGCCAGCUUUUAUGCCAGGUGUUCCUAAUGCUUCUGCAGGAACCGCAAGAUCAGGGAAAAUUUCUAUUGGAUCUUCUCCGAACUCUGAUGAUCUUCCAAUGUUAGACAUUGACUGGGUAAAGUUUUCUCUCUUCAUCUGA